AUGAGGAGCACCCCGGUCGCCGCCGCCGCCUUGGAAGUACGAGAGGACAAUCAGCUCGUCGCCGUCGCCGAUGAGGAGGAGGACUCGUUUGAGACGAUCGAUAAGCUCACCGCACAGGGAAUCAAUGCCGGGGAUGUGAAAAAGCUCCAGGAUGCGGGAAUUCACACAUGCAAUGGACUGAUCAUGCAGACAAAGAAGAGCCUCACAGCCAUCAAGGGAUUGUCCGAAGCAAAAGUCGACAAGAUCCUGGAAGCGGCAGAAAAGAUAGUCCAAGUCGGCUAUAUCACUGGGAACGAGGCUCUUCACAAGAGAAAAUCCGUGAUUCAUAUCACUACAGGAAGUCAGCUUUUGGAUGACCUUCUCGGUGGUGGUAUAGAAACGAUGGCAAUCACCGAAGCCUUUGGCGAAUUCCGGACUGGGAAAACUCAGCUCGCGCACACUCUUUGCGUAGCCACGCAGCUGCCGUUGGGCUUACACGGAGCUAAUGGCAAAGUGGCCUACAUCGACACCGAGGGAACAUUUCGUCCUGAUCGAAUAGUCGCCAUCGCGGAAAGGUUUGGACUGGAUCCAACAGCUGCUCUUGACAACAUUGUGUAUGCUCGAGCAUACACGCACGAGCAUCAGUACAACCUUCUGAUCGCCAUAGCGGCUAAAAUGACUGAAGAACCGUUCAGGCUCUUGAUUGUGGACUCCAUCACCUCAUUGUUUCGGGUAGACUUCUCAGGGCGUGGAGAAUUGGCAGAGAGACAACAAAAGCUGGCGCAGAUGCUCUCCAGGCUCAUCAAAAUUGCUGAGGAGUUCAACGUCGCGGUGUUUCUUACGAACCAAGUCAUUGCUGACCCCGGCGGCGGGACCUUCGUCGCGGAUCCAAAAAAGCCCGCUGGUGGCCACGUCCUGGCUCAUGCUUCGACAGUAAGGCUGAUGUUCAGAAAGGGGAAGGGCGAACAAAGAAUCUGCAAAGUCAUCGACUCUCCAAGCCUCCCGGAGUCCGAAGCUGUCUUCCAGAUAGCACCAGGUGGGAUCACAGACGCCAAAGACUAGAACAGGGGAAGCUGAUCGUGUGGCUCAAAAUGUGCCACGACGGGUUUUGGGGAAUAAAACAUCGUUGAUUCAAA